AUGCCCGCAUUCGUCUUUGGUAUGGCAGUCUUGGGUGUGGGCAUUUCAAUGUGUAGGGUAAUUGCAGUGUGUAUACUCGUACAAUAUAGAGAGAAUGCUGUUAUUGGGAUUAUGUAUGGGUUUAGCUCUAUCGGACAAACUACAGCACCUUUCCUGCUCCGCUUGAUACAAAAAGUCACUACAUGGAAGCAUUUCUUUUGGAUAAUUAUGGCAUAUUUCGCAAUAAUUGGUAUCAUGCAGUUCUUUGUCUUGAAAGAUGUCGUUUUAUACGGCAGUAAAGGUGAUCUACUGCCCAUUAGACAGAAAUGGCAUGGUAUACUCACCGACAAGAAGCUAUGGAAACGGAUAAUGUCUUUGACGUUAAGUCAGCUUAUAACAGAAUCAUGGGCUCACUGGAUGAGCACUUACGUAAAGGACAUAAAGAAACUGACAUUCCACGUCUUGUCCAUUGGUUCAUUCGAGCUAGCGAUAUAUCGAUCGGGUGCGACGGUCAGCUCGAUAUGCUUCUCGCAUCUGUACAAGAAGGUAGGAUAUAAGCGUUCGAAUCUCGCCCUGCUGUGGUCGACAUGUGGAUUCCUCAUUGGUAUAAAUGAGGCACAAGGCAUACGUUCCGUCAGUAUAUUGAAUGCCUUCAUAGGUUUUGCGCUUGCACCAACGUUGGCUAACAUGCUGGGCAGCAUUUCAAGCGAUAUUAAUCUCCCUUAUGUCGAGACGACAGUAUCAUUCGCGUUGGCAGUAUCUACAACGGGUGUUGUUGUCGGGCCCCUUGUAUUGUCGUUCUUGAUUAGGGAUUUUGGUAUUGACGUGAUUGUUGGAACAUCUAUCGUUAUGGCCUUCGUGGCUUCUUUGUCGAAUAUACACGAACCAGUCAGCCUUGUCAAUAGUAUCAAAGCGCUGCCGCGCAGGGCAUUUCUUCAGUCGGAUUUAGUUAGAAAACGAUUGAUGAACCACAAGGAACAGCUUUAA